AUGACGUCCAACACUCUCAGUGAGGCUGGGUUGAUUAUGCUCGAUCGAGAGUUGAGCAGCUACAACGGUCACCACAAGAUUGAACAGUAUCAUCUGAUCGAAGGGCAGUCGGAGCCUUCCAAAGAAAUACUACCAGAAAAACCGGACGUCAACCGCAUCAAACAGUGGCUUCGACCCAGUAACGUCAACACCGAGGACAUUGCUCGCUGGAGUGGACAGCCCGCCCUCAAGAUCUUAUUCAUCCAAACGCACAAUGAUUUCAGCAAAGACCCGGAGAAGAACCCUACAUAUCGAACAAUCCCGGGUCACACGGAAGUGACGCCUCUUCCAGAACGAACCGAACAGCGGGCCAUGGUCAAAGAGAUCUUCGAUCAUGCCAGACUACCACUCGCAGCUCUGGGUGCCUACAUCCGCUCGCACAUCACGUUCUGGGAUGAUUCUCCCUAUCAAGUCCUCGGCCAGGAAGGCGCUGACGGUGGGGCGGUCACAUCCUUCUACACCAGCGGCACAUCAUGGGCGAUAGCCUGGUCAUACUUUCAUGCGACUCGACAUACAUCCGCUGUCAUGUUCCAUCGGGAAGGGGAUGGUGACGAACGACGAGAAGAGCUCGAAGCCGAGAUCCUUCGACUCAGACAACACCUGGCACAUCCAAUGCUUCUCGCGUAUAUCAAGAUCACGAUCAGUUUACAAUGGACAUUUCAACUCCUGGACACCAUGAACUGGGAUACCCGCGCGAUAGAGAUGACGCUUGGACUGGCCACCUGGGAUUGGGUCCUCGAUCGGGAAAUUGAUCCUCCAAAUGCAUCCGACGUUGAAGAAGGCACCCAUAUGAUCGCCGAGGCCCAGGAAGCAGCCGUUGGCCGAUUUCACGUCUUGAGUGGCAAGCUCACCAACGUUCUUUUCCGCCUCCGAGUAUUUCAGGAUCAGAUCGGCUGGAUCAAGGGCUGCAAUAUGGCCUACGCGGAGACCUUGGACAAUGACACCACAAAGGAUGAAUGUAAGCGGCUGGACCAGAAGUUGUACCAGAUGCAAUCUCUCACGAAAGUCUACCUGCACGAUGCUGAGACACUAUCACAUCGUCUCGACAAGCAAGUGGCUAUCAUGACCUAUCAGGUGGCUCAACAUGAUGCCCGGAUCGGUCUGACUCUCGCCUGGCAGGGAAGGUGGUCCAAUUCGGCCAUGGUGGCGUUGGCUCUGGCGGGCUUCGUCUUCCUGCCUUGGACGUUCGUUGCCAACCUGUUUGCGACGCCCAUGUUCAAUUGGAAACUGAAAGAUGACGGCGUCAUUGUCAAGGAGCCUUUCAAGGUCUACUGGAUUGUUUCGGGGCUCUUGACCUUAGUGCUGGGUUUAAUAUGGGCGGUGUGGCUGAUUUGUAGAUACCGUGCGGAUCGGCGGAGGAGGCAGAGGAGCAAGUCUCUGUUCGACAGGGCCUUGAAUAGUAAAGUCGUGGUAGGGCAAGGCGCGAGGCCUAACAGGACUGGCACUCAGUCUAGUGUACGGUCCAAGGUCUUUGCAAAGACAUGGUAG